GGAAAACUGAAGACGAACCGGAAGUUAUACCGUUUUGCGUAACAGUAGUGUUUACUCUCGGUUGAGGGUUGUAUUUCAUUGUUUAUUCUUUUGUAGUUUGCUUUCAGUUUUAAAUAGGAUUCGUUAAAAUAUAGUUUGUAGAACAGAGAAGUAGUUAAACACUUUUGUUGUAACUGGAAUUUAUUCCGAAUGAAAACUUAGCUAACGCUUGCUAACCAGAGAGCUGCGUUAUCAGGAGUCACUGAUUAGCUACACGACUAGCUUUAGGAUUCGUAAUAGGGUAUAUAUUUCUAUAUAAAAGUAGUUUGAAGGUUUAGCUAUUCGUGUACGUUGUGUUUGGUGGUGUGAGGAUGGAGGAGACUGCGGUGUGUGUGAAGCCAGACAACGCCGUGGCUGUGAGAAAACCACAGCAGGAGCCGAGAAAGCCGAAUAAGAACAUCUUGGAUGAGGAUGAAUAUAUCGAGAGCCUGGAGAAGAUCAUUCAGAGGGACUUCUUCCCGGAUGUCAGUAAGCUGCGAGCACAGAAAGAUUACCUGGAGGCUGAGGAGAACGGAGACCUGCAGAGAAUGAGGGAGAUUGCCAUCAAAUACGGCUCAGCCAUGGCCAAAUACACCCCACGCACUUACGUCCCCUAUGUGACACCGUCGUCAUUUGAGACUCCUGAUAGUCACGCCGCUUCUCCAUCCACUUCACAAAGUAAAUCCAGGACAGGCAGAGACACUGAACUUGGAGGUAAAGACGGCGGAAAAGAGGAGAAGGAGUUGCCGUCUCUGGACCAUUUCCUUUCAAAGAACACGAGUGAGGAUAACGCAUCAUUCGAACAGAUUAUGGAUUUGGCCCAGGAUAAGGAGAAGCUGAAGAACGCCUGGCUUUAUGAGGCUGAGAAUGAGUUCAGACAGCGGCGAGAGGAAAAUCUGGCUCUGCCGUCAUCAGAGAUUCAGGCUCUGGAGUGUGUGAAAGCUGGAGUAGAGACGUGGGAGUACACGGCCAGAAACGCCCUCAUGUACUACCCUGAAGGCGUGAAAGACGACACAGUGUUUAAGAAGCCGAGAGAAGUUUUGUACAAAAACACACGCUUUGACGUGGACCCAUUCUGUAAAGCCCUCAAUAAAUCACAGAUCCAACAGGCUGCUGCUCUCAAUGCACAGUUUAAAUUAGGAAAGGUCGGACCAGACGGGAAAGAGCUGCUGCCACACGAGUCUCCUAAAGUCAACGGCUAUGGCUUCGAGGGAGCGCCCUCGCCUGCACCAGGAGUGUGUGAGUCUCCCUUGAUGACAUGGGGAGAGAUUGAGGACACACCCUUCAGACUGGACGGUUCAGACACUCCACUCAUAGAGAGGAGCCAUGGCCCAGCAUUUAAGAUUCCUGAGCCAGGACGCAGAGAGAGGCUCGGGCUGAAAAUGGCCAACGAAGUGGCAGCCAAAAACAGAGCAAAGAAACAGGAAGCUCUUCGUAAAGUCACUGAAAAUCUCGCCAGUUUGACUCCAAAAGGUUUGAGUCCGGCUGCUCUGUCUCCAGCUCUGCAGCGCCUCGUCAACCGGUCAUCCAGCAAGUACACCGAUAAAGCUCUACGUGACAGCUAUACCCCUUCACCCUCUCACAGAGCAUCAGGCUCCAAAACUCCUCUCACACCCUCACGCUCCUUACACACCCCCACGCCAGGCAAAACCCGCACACCCGCCUCACAUGACCCCGCCUCCAUCACAGACAAUCUGCUACAGCUACCAAAGAGGAGAAAGGCAUCUGACUACUUCUGAGGACACCACUAAAGGCACAAAGGGCAACAAACACACAAAAACUUUCUCCUGCUUUGGAAUUUCUGGUCUUUAUUUGCAGGCAGAGAUUCCCAUAGCCUUUAAAACUUGCUACUUCAUCAGUUAAAGGCGUAAUGAUGAUUAAAGUCGUUUUUUGUACAGUUUAUCAAAAUGGCCAUUCUUUUAUUCUUGAUAUUUUUAAACUGUGGUUAACUAGUGGUGUAAAUAUGAAUAUUUCUGGAGCAACAGAAUGAGUUAGAAUAACAUUCAUGUAGGGUCUGCACUCUUUUAUGGCCAAUAUAAAAUUCUCCCUGGCUCUUUUCAAACAUAAACAGAUUAUUUAUGGACUGUGUA